UUUUUUUUAUCACCCUACCCGCCUACCUCGACCGACUUUUCAACUAUAUCUUCGGCUUACUUCUCGAGCUAGACUUGGAUUGAUAUGAUGACUGCGUUCCCAAAGACUACUCGGAAGAGAGCCCUCUCGCUGGCACAGGAGUUUGGAGUAACAGCCCGCAGUGUUACAGUGGUGUCGUCCAAGAAGGUGGCAAAGAGUUCAGCAGGAAAAGCACUGAGAGCUUUGGAACGAACUGCAUCAACGGAUGUCACAGGCACGCCAUGGACGAUCAUGAAUAUACCCCGGUCAGAGUUGGACCUUUCGACGACGCUCAAAUGCGGUCAGUCCUUUCGUUGGCAUCGUCAGCACCAGGAACUUGCCUCGGGUCAAAUUUCCCUCCCCACGUGGUCCUGUGUCCUUGAUCGCCGGCUAUGGAUCAUACAAGAAACAGAAGAUGGAUUCAAAUAUAGGACCUUUAGGCCGUCGGUCUCUUCAAAAGUCAAAGUUGACCACAAUCAAGGAGCGCAGCAGGAACAUGACCAGGACCAGGAUUUCGAGCAAAAUAUGAGAGACGAUAAAGAGUUUCUAAGAGACUACUUUCAGCUGGAUGUGCCGUUGACAGAGCUUUAUAACAAGUGGUCCAAGGCCGAUACGAACUUCAAAGCCAAGGCACCUCAUUUUCCAGGCGUGAGGAUUUUACGCCAAGACCCGGUCGAGAACCUCAUCUGCUUCAUCUGCAGCUCAAACAACAACAUCAGCAGGAUCAGCCAAAUGGCGACGAAACUGUGUCAAGAAUACGGAUCCCCCAUAACAGUCCCGCCCGAAGAGCCGAACGAAUCGCCCAGGACAUUUUUUGGGUUCCCAACAAUAGACGCCCUGGCGCAGGACGGCGUGGAAGAGAUAUUGCGCAGUCUGGGAUUUGGAUAUCGUGCAAAGUACAUUGCUAACACGGCCAAGAUGAUCAGUGCUAUGGGCAAUGGCGAGAAAUGGCUUAUGGGUUUGAGGAAUCUGCCGUACGAAAAAGCCCACAGCGCUUUGCUUGCUCUUCAAGGCGUUGGACCCAAAGUUGCCGAUUGUGUCUGCCUGAUGUCACUGGACAAGCACAAUAGUAUCCCUGUAGACACACACGUCUGGCAGAUUGCUGUACGAGAUUAUCAGUUCCGGUUCGAGGGUAAAGUCCCCAAAACGAUUUCGCCGACGAUCUACAAGGCUGUAGGGAAGCACUUUGUCGACCUCUUUGGCGAUUAUUCUGGAUGGGCGCAUUCUGUACUCUUUGCGGCGGAUCUCCGGACCAUCGAGGGGAGAGUCAAAGAGGGCUCGAGCGCAGGGCUAGCCCAUGUGAAGAAGGAGACCAUUGGGACGACAGUGGCGACGAGCGAUGGUGCUGAACGCCAUGUUGUUAAGGUCAAGCAGGAAGUGGUGGAUACCCGACUAGUGGAACCCUCAGAGGAGGAGCAGGACUCGCAAGCUGUCCGACACGGCUUGGAGGAGGUCAAGCUGGAAAAUUCGGCUGAUCCGCCUUUAACCGCAUCGGUAUCGAUAGGAGCAGGAGGGUCUGGUGGUCGUCGUCAGUCUAAGCGAAGGAGGAACGCAUAGACUCAGAUGUACCUGCAUCUCAUUAAUUUCUGUGCGAAUAAAACAAGUUAUGCGCGCGGCGUACCAGAGCGC